UGUUGAACACCUCUAACGGGCAGAUUGAAUCUGAAUUCCAUACCUAUGUGCAACCUCAAGAGCAUCCAUUUCUGUCUGUGUUUUGUACUGAAUUGACAGGAAUAAAACAGAGUCAAGUUGAUGCUGGAGUCCCACUGAUGAUCUGCUUGUCCCAGUUCUCUCGCUGGAUUCGACAUUUACAGCAGGAGAAAAAUAUAGCUUUUGUGUCUGAUGCCUCCAAGCCUAGUAAUCCAGAGACAAAUGUCUGUGCUUUUGUGACAUGGUCAGAUUGGGAUCUAGGUGUGUGUUUGCAGUAUGAAUGCAGAAGAAAACAACUUAGAAAACCUGAUAUUUUGAAUGGUUGGAUUGACCUCAGAGCCACUUACAAGCUGUUCUAUAGAAGAAGACCUAAAGGACUAAAUGGAGCUUUGCAAGAUCUGGGAAUUGAAUUUUCUGGCCGGGAACACUCAGGUCUGGAUGAUGCUCGGAAUACUGCCCAUCUUGCUUGGAGGAUGAUUUGUGAUGGAUGUGUGAUGAAAAUUACCAAAUCUCUAAACAGGGUUCCUGUCAAGAGAAUUUCAGUGGUGAUCCGCGAGGAAGGUAAUACCUCCGAAUGCAAGGACAAAGCUGAGAUUACAAGUAAAGGCAGUACAGGCAUAAUUGACCAGAAUUUGGAAGAAAAAACAAAAGAGGAUAUUUUUGCCAAUUCCAAAAAUAAAAGUAUUUUGAAGGAAGUUCAAACAAAAAGUCCUGCAGUUCGUGGCUCAGGUAAUCAAACACACAAAUCUGAAGAACCUGCAUUUGGAGCUGCUGCAAAGAGUACUGAACUUUAUAUCCAAAGUCUGGUUGCUCCCAAAACCAUACUAAAUGGGCUUUCAAUGCCUACUGUCUUUGGGAAGGUACAUAAACCUAGUUACUGUGUAUCCAAGAAUCUGAAAAAUGGCUUUCCUACAGGCAAGCUGACAUCAACACCAAAUGAUGGUCAUUCUUUCACUAAUACAAACCCAGUGCUUAUCCCAACAGUUAUUACAUCUGUUAAUAACAUCUCUGACACAGAACUCAGCUCUGUUGCAGAAACUGAGUCCAUUCUUCCUGAUUGGGAAGAAGCAGCCAUACUAACAGAAUCAGAUGAAGAAAUACACGACUCCACAGCUUUUCGAAAAUGCCUAACUCCUCAUUUUAAUGAUGCAUCUCUUCUACCAGAAGAACAUUUACUAAAUUGUGCUAUAUUUAAGGAUCCAGUGCCAGAGGCUACAAAGCCUUCAGCUAUUGUUUACAAGAGCCCUAAUACAACCAUCUAUGAUGUGGGUGGCAUUACAAAGUCAUCUUCAGGGUCUUCUACUUUUAAAAUGCCUAUUUCUAAGCCAGACAUAUCAGAGCCCAGUAACGCUAGUCAAGCUGAUGCAACACUUCAACCCAGAGAUAAUAAAGGAGUUAAAGUACAAGGUAAGGCUGUCUCCUCAGGGAAGUUAGUAUCUUGUCAGAAUGUCCAGAAAAGAAAAUCUUCAAACACAAGCCUCAUCUUGCCUCCAGUAAAGCAGUCCUUCACUGUUUACCAAGACAAAGAAUCCUUGGUGAAUAAAUCCUCGACUUCUACAAGCUCAUCUUUUAGUUGUGUGCUUCCAACAGCCCUCAGGUCUUUCAAUCUCAAUCAGUCGUCCUUGCUAGUUACAAAAACAAAAAAGAUUACUCCUCCUCUUUGUAAUUGUGGCCGAAGAACAAAAAAACUGACAGUUUCCAAUGCAGGCCCAAACCAUGGAAAAACAUUUUAUUGCUGUCCUGUUGGAAACAGACAUGGAGAAAACAAGAAAGGUUGUCACUAUUUCAAAUGGGAACACACAUUGUUUAAAGAGAAGUCCUUAACUUCUUCACUGUUACUAUCAACAUCUAGAGCCAGUAGUACAUCUGCAGAAAUAAGCUUGGUUUCCACAACUGCAUUAGAUUCACCUGAAACUAGAAGUCUAGGGCUCCGUCCCUCCAUGAGAACUUAGCACUGUGAAUAUGAGGUACGAAGCUGAUGGUAAAUCACAAAAUGUGGCUAGUGUAUUCAACCAAUCAAUGUGCAACCUCAGAAACUGAUAAGUAUUUUGACAGUCAACAUUUCACAAACUUAAAGCAUGACCCUAAUAUAUAGCAGUGAUUUGUUCUGUUAGAAAUUAAGAGUAAAAAAGUUAAAAGCCAUCACAAAAAAGUGCAAGUAGGUUGAAUCCUUGCCUUCUGUAUGUAUACUCUAGGGAAUACUCAAGAAAUGUGUGCCUAGUAGUUGUCCUUUAAUUUGGUUUCUUUGCAUGCUGAUUUCUGAGUUGGCUGCUUUAAAAAGUAGUCAAAUACAUCAUCUCGAGCCUAAAUGUAUUGCUUUUCUGUGACCUUAUGGAUAUUUGUUUUAAGUAAGAGUAACUAACCAGUUCUUAAUACAUGAAGCAAAUAGGCAAAAAAAAAAUCUUGCUCAAAAGCAGUAUCUGUAAGCUUAUAUAUAUAUAUAUAUAUAUAUAUAUAUAUAUAUAUAUAUAUAUAUAUAUAUAUAUGAUUUUUUAUACACCCAUAUGCAUACUCUGCACAACCACUCCUUUUAACUUCCCUAAUGGUUUUUUGAACAAGUAACGCAAAGCUCAGAAAGUCUUAACAUUUAAGUAAUAUCUUGAUAUUUUGUUCCAGUUCUUAUCCAAGGCAUAUGCUUUGCAGCACUUUCUAUGAAGAAGGUAAUUUAUUGGCCUACUUCAACACCUUAGCACAGUCAUAUUUCAGUAGUCAGUGAUUUCCUUCUGGCCUUUGAGUUUAAAAUAGCUUUGUAAAUGGUACUAGUUGGCAUUUCCAUGUGUAGUUUGUAAGAUAGCCUUCUUGUUUGGUGCAUGUACUAUAUUUGAAUAAGCUGAAGUUUACAUUUUCAGGGUGCUGAUUCACAGCACUUGGGUCCCCAGUUCAUUUUUGCUGCUGGACUGCUUUUGUGAUUUUGCACAUUUUCUCUUUUUUAUUUAAAUUUUCACCAGGGUCUCUGUUUUCUUCCAAAUUUAAAAGACAUGCUGCUGUAUUGUCAGUGCUAAAGUGACAUUUGAAGUUCUUGCAGGUGUGUCUUACAGUGGACUGGUAUCAAAUCUAGAAUUGGUUCUUUUUAUUUAUUUAUUUUUAUUUUUAUUUUUUUUGUGUGCCCAAUGUCUUCCAGGAUAGAAUUUGAACGAGCCCAGCUUUGCAGCUUUGACUUGGAACAAGUGUAGAAAAACUGAGCGAUUUAACUAUUAAGACUGUUCCCCUUCUUUUACCCUCUAACAAACACAUACACAACCAGCUUUGACCAUGUAAUUCCACUCUGUGAACUUUUGUUGAGCACAAAAUCAUGAUCUAAAUUUUUCUGGUACCACUGAAUGUGUAGGCAUGGUGACUGAGCAGUGUUAGACUUGCAUAAUGGAUUUAUUAAAACUUGAUUUACAGUUAUAUAAUUUUAAUAUCUCUGUGGCCAUGACAGAAAUUCACAUUUACAGGCUAAGUACAAUGUUUUGCUAGUGUUAUUGUACACCACUAACUGGUAUGUCAGAUCUCCUUGUUUGUGCCUCAUUAAUUACAAUGUUUAUAAACACUGUUUUAGAGAAUCAGAGUAUCAAUGCUGUCCCUAAUCAUGUUGAGUAGCAUAACUGUUCCCAGUAAUCUGCCCUUGCUUUUUUCUUUUGUGCUUUUUAUCUAACUUGUAUACACAUUUAUUGCAAAAUGAGUUAUCUGGUUUUAAAAUCCUGUUUUUAUCUUUUAAUGGAAUGCAGCUAAAUGUUUACACUGUCAAUCACUGUUUUUCUUGCAUUUUUAUAUUUAGAAUAAAGCUGUUUUUAUCAA